CAACAACAAUGUCUCGAUUCGCGCGUGUAGCUCUGCGUGCAGUGCCAAGGUCGCGUCCGACCGUCGCCGUCGCGCGUGCCGCCUUCGUGGCUCCUGCAUCCCGCGUGCCGUCGUUCUCACGGUCCUACGCUACACCCCCCGACACGCCGUCAGCAGGCGACACGCAGCUCGCGCACGCCCAGUCGCUGCUCGAGGACGGCACGCGCGCCCUCGAGGAGGGCGACCUGGCCAAAGCGCGCGCCAUGUACACGGAGAGCGUGGGCGCCAAGCCCACGUCGGGCGGGUGGUUCAACCUCGGCGUGGUCGAGUACCAGCUCGGACAGCUGCCUGCUGCUAUUGAUGCGUGGCGCGCGAGCAUUGCGCUUGAGCCGUCGGCAGAUGCGUACACUAACCUCGGCUCGGCCUACAUGAUGUCCAAGCCCCCCAACGCCGCCGAGGCCAUCAAGGCGCUCACCGCCGCCAUGUCCAUCUCGCCCGAGGACGCCGAGAUCCAGUACAACCUGGCGGCGAUCCUCGAGUCGACGGAUAACCUCGAAACCGCGCUCACGCUGUACAAGAAGGCGCAUGCGGGCGGGAUUGAGCGGGCCGCGGCCAACGCGCGCAACGUCGGCGGCAAGCUGUUGGCCAAGAAGCUCAAGGAGGAGGCGGCCAAGGAGGGCAAGUAGGCGGCGGGCGUAGACACCAGCCCGCGUCCUAGGCGCGAAGACAGACAGGACAGCAUUACCUCGUACUCGGCGCAUGAUACUCGGCUGCAUGAUA